UCAUGGGGACGAUACCCCGCGUUAAACUAUUGACAUUACAACAACAUACGACGUAGUAACGUUUCCAAACAGCCACGAGGCGGCCGGAAGUGGAAAAACAAAAAAAACUGGAAAUUCCAAGGGCUCGCGCGCUGCAGUUUGGGAAUGGGUUGCAUUCCCUGCUCGUCCAAAUGGAGAAUAAAGGGAGCGACGAGGUGGAAACGUUGAAGACAAAGUUCGUGUCUGUGUGGCACAAUGUGAAAUACAGUUGGGCUCUGAAAUCAAAGACCUCCUUCAGUAGAAAUUCCCCGGUGCUUCUCCUCGGAAAAUGUUACCACUUUAAGGUCGAAGAUGACGACGGCGUUCCAGAAGCCUCCAACGAAGACUGCGUGAUGGGGAACGCCGAGGCUUUCCGGAAGGAUUUUGCGUCCCGGGUGUGGCUCACCUACAGGGAGGAGCUGCCCCCUCUGCCCUGCUCCACCCUGACCUCCGACUGCGGCUGGGGCUGCACGCUGAGGGCCGGGCAGAUGAUGCUCGCUCAGGCUCUUCUUCUGCACUUCCUGGGCCGAGACUGGACCUGGUCGGAGGCGAUGACGCUGCAGCCGUUGGACACGGAGACGUGGACCGCCGCCGCCGCCCGCCGCCUGGUGGCCUCCCUGCACGGUUCCCCCAGGCCCCCCUCGGGUCCAGGAUCCCCGCCCGCGCAGCAGACCCGGGGAUCCGCGGAGGAGGCGGAUGCCCAUCUGACGGAGAUGCACCACCGCACGCUGGUGUCCUGGUUCGGGGACGGACCCUCGGCCCAGCUGGGCCUCCACAGGCUGGUUCACGCGGGCCUGACGAUGGGGAAGCGGGCAGGGGACUGGUACGGGCCGGCUGUGGUGGCACACAUCCUCAAGAAGGCAGUGGAGGAGGCGACGGACCCCGGCCUGGCGGCCAUCACCGCUUACGUCUCCCAGGACUGCACAGUGUACAGUGGUGAUGUCAUCGAUAGCCACAGCAGGGCGCCGAGAGAUAGGCAGGCCGAGAGGCCCGAUGCCCCUCCUCCCGAUGCCCCUCCUCCCGAUGCCGCUCCUCGGGCCGUCAUCAUCCUCAUCCCUGUGCGGCUUGGAGGGGAGAAGACAAAUCCAGACUAUUUUAACUUUACAAAGAGCAUCCUGAGUCUGGAGUGCUGCAUCGGCAUCAUCGGAGGGAAGCCCCAACAGGCCUGCUACUUUGUGGGAUUUCAAGAUGACAGCUUGAUUUACAUGGACCCUCAUUACUGUCAGUCUUUUGUGGAUGUCAGCAGCAGCGAUUUCCCUCUCCAGUCGUUUCAUUGCCCCUCGCCGAAGAAGAUGCCGUUCAGCAAGAUGGACCCGAGCUGCACCAUCGGGUUCUACUCCAGAAGUGCUCAGGACUAUGAGAGAAUCAGCCAGGAGCUGUCUAAGGUGCUGCAGCCGUCGGCGGCGAGGGAGAAGUACCCGGCGUUCACUUUAAUGCGAGGUCGCGUCGGAGAUUACGACCCGUCUGCUGGCGUGACCCCGGUGAGGAGGGAGUGGCCCUUCAUCCGUGACCCGCGCCGGACCACCACCACCACCACCACCGGGGACUUUGUGCUGCUCUGAUGGCACCGCGGGGGGCGAUGAAUCGUACUGCUGAUAUCCAACGUCUCGCUGUGGAACUUUAUAAAACGACAGUGACUUGGGGAACACGACCUGGUUCCUUGUUCUAAAAAAAAAGUGAUUUUGCAUAUGAUGUCCAUAAGGUGCGACGCCACCUGGACAUCACGGAGUCGCAUCCUGUCGGUCCACUUCAACAUCUGCAGUAUUCAGAGAAGCAUUUCUGUGGUUAGCACAAAUAAUGUGGCCCGAGGGCUCUCGAUGGUGCCAAAUAACCCGUUACCAUGUCGUUUUUAAUAUGCAGAAAAAGUAUUUCACGUGUUAUUAUUAACACGCACUGAAGUGAAAACAUGAAAAAAAAGAUUUGGUGAAUUUUGAAAGUACGUCGUCGAUCAACUUUACAAAUCGAUGUCAUGUGUGAAAUUAACACGUUUGGCCAAUUAUUAUUAUUAUUAUUAUUAUUAUUUUUAUUAUUAUUUCAAAACGUUCACGUUUAAGUAAUCCAAAAUGUAUUUUUAUUCAAUGUUACAUCAUUUCACUUUGGUGUGUGGCUAAAGUAUCUGUCGCUGUUCUUCUAAAACACCUUUACAGUAUCGACAAUACCGUAACAAAAUGUAAACGACGAAGUAAGCUAACGCAACGUUAGCAUGCAAAACGUGUCGUGCACUUUUUAAAAAGACUGAAGAAUUCUGACUUGUAUUUUUUUUUUUCUAAUGCAAUAAAUUCAUCGUAUAAUAUGUUUAAUAACGUGUCUAACUUGGGUUUUUUACAUUUAAAGUUGAAUGAAGUUAAAAUACUUGACUUAAAUGAAUCAGUUAGCGUCUGUUGGGUCCACUCGAAGCAUUUGAAGUGACUAGUAGAGUAAAAAAAAAAAUGUUGUUGAACGCUUCAUUCUCGGCGCUAUAGAUGCAAACCCCUCGGCGGCGUGUUGAAAUGCAUUCAAUCCCUUUUCAAACGUAAUAGAUUAAAACUAAUCGUACGUGCGAACCAUCUCUCCAGCCCAUUAACCAGGGAGCGAGGGAAACUACGUGACCCGGUGACACCGGCGGCAAUUGUGUUCCUCGAGCAGAGGAAAAGCAAAUAUCCUUGUGUGCAGAGCUCUGUUAC